GAUAACUUACAUUAAAUACUCGUACAUUAUUUUUUGCGAGGAGUGGUUGAUUGUACCGGUGUCUGGUAGUGUCGUCGGGGCUUUCCAACGUUGAGAUGGCGACCAUUACCUUCAUAUUACUUGCCGCAGUAUGCAUUGCUGCUCAAGCAUUUCCCCAGAAUCCUCUGCCAUACAAAAACACUAUCUUCGGCGAUGAGAAACUAAAGGGAGAACCUUUUGAAAAUAUUGAUGAUUUCUCUAUUCUCACUCAACUAUCAAGGUCCGAUGGAAACAGUCCCUAUAGACUGCCUACUACGACUAAACCUACACACUACAACUUACUGUGGAUGAUCGAAAUCCCCGAAAACGUCUUCUCGGGUGAGGUGCAAAUCUUACUACACGCAACUCAAGUAGAUGUCAACGAAGUCGUCAUCCAUGCUCAAGAUCUGAAUAUUGAGUCCGUAACAUUGAGAUUAGGAAACUCUGAGGUACCCGUAACGUUCUCUUUGGAGCCAGAAUACGACUUCUUGAGAGUUCAUCUUACGGACACCACACUUGCAUAUAGCAUGACGACUAAUGUCAUUUAUUCGCUUAGUAUUGCUUUUAAUGCUCCUUUGAGAAACGAUAUGGCCGGUCUUUAUCAACACUGGUUUAGAAACAGCGCCAGUGACGCUGUCAAUUGGAUGGCUUCUUCCCAGUUUGCAGCUACGUCAGCUCGCUUCGCUUUUCCUUGCUACGAUGAGCCAAGCUUCAAAGCCACCUUCAGCGUCACAGUCCGGAGGCCCACAGCUUCCCGAAGUUGGUCUGGCAUGAGACUGCAGCAGACCGUUACCACGAAUAUAACAGGCUACGAAGAUGACGUUUUCUAUAUCUCACCAACGAUGUCAACUUACCUUCUGGCUAUAAUAGUCGCAGACUACUCUAGUAUAACACUAUAUGAAGGUGAAAACCUAAUGUACGAGGUUAUAGCCAGACCCGGUGCUAUAGAAUCUGACCAAGGGAGUUACGCUUUUCAAGUUGGACAGGACCUUCUAGCCGCAAUGAGCGACUACACGGCUUUGGACUUCUAUGAUGUCCAUCCGUAUGUUAAGAUGACACACGCAGCUCUUCCAGAUUUCUCUGAUGGAGCUAUGGAAAACUGGGGACUUCUGACCUACAGGGAAGCGUACCUAAUGUACGACGAACAACACACAAACAGUCACUCAAAGCAAAUAAUAGCCUACAUAAUUUCCCACGAAAUAGUCCACAUGUGGUUUGGUAACCUCGUCACUUGUGACUGGUGGGACGCUUUGUGGCUCAACGAAGGUUUCGCUAGAUACUAUCAGUACUACUUGACUGAAUGGGUCGAACCUGAAAUGGGUCUUGGGAGCCGUUUCAUCAACGAACAGGUCCAUACCUCGAUGCUCACUGAUUCCGCUGAUAACCCUCAUCCAUUAACCAACCCUGGAAUUGCCGAUCCCGUUCAAGUGAGAUCUAUGUUCUCCGCAAUCAGUUACAACAAAGGAGCUGCAAUAAUUAGACAAACUGACCAUCUUUUGGGGUUCACUGUUCAUAGGGAUGGCUUAAGAAGAUAUUUGAAUUCACGGUCCUUUAACACUGCUCUGCCUACCCAUCUUUUCCAAGCUCUGCAAAACGAGGCUGUGGCUACUGGUUCAAUUGCUCAGUACGGAGAAGGAUUCAAUGUUAUUGAUUACUAUAGAACUUGGACUGAACAGCCAGGACAUCCCGUACUUAACGUUCAAGUUGACCACCAAACUGGUCAGAUGAUUAUCUAUCAGCGCCGCUUCAACAUCAACAGCGGUUACUCUACAACUAACACUAACUGGAUAGUUCCCAUCACGUUUGCUACGGCCAGUAACCCAGACUUUCAAGAUACUAAGCCAUCUCAUAUCAUCAGAGACGCUAUCACCGUCAUCAACCGCAACAGCAUCGGCGAUGAGUGGGUUAUUUUCAACAAACAACAAACUGGUUUCUACCGAGUCAAUUACGAUGACUACACAUGGAACCUUAUUGUCAUGGCCUUGAGGGGAUUGAGUAGAACCCAAAUCCACGAGCACAAUAGAGCUCAGAUUAUAAACGACGUGUUUCAAUUUGCUCGAUCUGGAAUCAUGAACUACUAUAGAGCUUUCAACAUCAUAUCCUUCCUCGAAAAUGAGACCGAAUACACACCAUGGGUGGCUGCUAUCACUGGCUUCAACUGGAUAAGAAAUAGACUUGUUGGUUCCUCGUACCUUGACCGGCUUGAUGAAAUGAUCGUGCGAUGGGCUACCGCAGUGAUGAAUCACCUGACUUACUAUCCGAUUCCUAACGAAUCGUUCAUGCAGUCGUACUUGCGUUACCAGCUAGCGCCAUUCAUGUGCAACUUAAACCAACUCGGUUGUCGCGAAAUCGCUGUUCUUCAGUUUCAAGCAUUGCGCCAAUCUGGCACAGAAGUUCCAGUGGAUAGCCGUAACUGGGUCUACUGCAAUGCCCUCCGACAAGGAACUGAAGAGGACUUUGAAUUCCUAUGGGAACGAUUCUUAAAUCACAACGUAUACACUGAGAAAAUCCUGCUGCUUCAAUCUUUAGGGUGCACUCCACAUGAGAGUUCUCUGAUCAAGCUGCUUGACGCAAUAAUCGAGGACAACUUCAUCGUGCGACCACAAGACUACACUGCAGCCUUCAGUGCCGCAGUUAAUGGGAAUGAAGGCAACACUCAGAUUGUGCUCCGCUACAUUCAAAGGAACGUCACUGCAGUUGCUCUUGCAUUUGGCUCCACUUUGACACCAAUAAAUUAUGUUACUCCUCUGUCUUACAUCUCAUCAAGACUGAGGAAUAUUCUACAAAUUGAAGAGUAUGAAAACUGGGUCGUCGCUAACAGAGAAGAGUUUGGUACAAGCUACAACUCUAUUUACAGCGGCAUAGAGUCCACCCGCCAGUCGCUACAGUGGGCCGCCGACGUCCAAAAUGACAUAGAGUAUUACUUAAAUGAGGGUGAUGAGACAUACCAGACCAGUACGUCUGCUCCGGUCGUCCCUGAGGAACCAGUUACGGUCACGGCGCCGCAGUUGGUAGAGCCAACCACUCCCGAGUUGCCGGUUGUUGAGACCGAUGAACCUACAACCGUUAUUGAUGAACUUAUCAGCACUGAUGAACCAACGACCACUGAUGAACCAACCGUUACUGAUGAUCCAGCCGUUACCAAUGAUUCAGCCAUUACCGAUGAUUCAGCCGUUACCGACGAACCGUCAUCGGAUGCAACGACGCCUUUAAUAGAAACAACGACUCCGGAAUCAGAUUCAGCUAACACAGCAUUUUUGUCAAUGUUUAUCAUCACCAUUGCUAUAAUAUUAAACGUAACUUUGUAAACAUUUUUCAUUCCUAAGUAGUAAGCUAAUAUUAUAAUAAGAUCAGGCAGUGACAACAAUUCGAGCUUCAGUUGUGGUAUGUAGUGUAUUUUUGGCAAAUGGUGUUUCAGUGAUAAAAAUCAAUGGAUAUUGUUUACCUUAGAUUUAAAACUGAAUGUAUCUGAAUACAUAUAAGUAAGUUAACAAUUUGUUACUG